AUGGGGCCUGUGGAGCGCCCGGAGAUGCUAGGCGGCUUCGCCGACUUUGAUGCCGGUCACCGGGACCUGGUUGCCGUCACCAAGUUCAACUUCUAUGGCAACCGAAUCGUAACAGCUUCAUCCGACCAUCGCAUGAAAGUUUGGGAUCUGAAGGAUGGUCAAUGGCAACUACUCGACACCUGGCGAGCCCAUGAUGCUGAGAUUCGAGAUGCAACUUGGAAUGGCCCAUUCACGGGUCAGCAUAUCGGCAGUGUCGGCGAAGACAUGAAAUUCAAAAUCUGGCAAGAAGAUGUGACGCAACCGCCUAAUUCUGGUCGACGAUUUAGGUCUAUUUUCCGCAUGACAGCGCCGCAACGGCAUCCCUUUGUGUCGCUCGACUUCCGUAAUAUUGAUUUAGAGUCAUGGCUGGCUGUCAUUACACGAGACGGUUACUUGAUGGUGAUGGAGCCUGUCAGUCCGGACAGUUUGGCCGACUGGCAAGCUCUCGACCAGUUCCGAGUAUGCCCAGCGCCCGAGCGCGGUGAAGAAACAAGCUUCAGAGUCCAAUUCCACCACGAUCCAAACGAUAUCACACACUCUUUACUACCGGACUCUGAUCAAAAAAGUUUGUCACUCGUUGUGGCUGCCAUGGACUCGGUCAAAAUCUAUCGCACAGAUGCUACUCGACGGUUCUACCACGCCAUUGAACUGAAUGUACAUGGUGAUCUGGUCAGAGAUAUAUCUUGGGCCAAUGGUUCGGUAAGGGGCUAUGAUCUCAUUGCAAGUGGUGGUAAAGAUGGCCUAGUUCGUAUUUUCGAAGUAUACACAACUACUGUGAACCAGUCUCCGAACUCCAAUUCUCGGAAAGCGGAGCGACGCCAGCUUUCCUCAUCAUAUAUGCGUGCCACAUCUCAAUCAGGUAUUGGGACUGCUUUGGCAAAUCGUGUGCCUGAUUCGGUGUCUAACCGUCAAGCCGCUGGAGAUCCUCAGUUCCGCCAUUCGUUCAAGAUGGUAGCAUGUAUAGACAGCAAACAUCUCGAUGUGUGGCAAGUGGAAUUUUCCUUCGCUGGUGAUUCUCUGAUUUCCUCGGGCGACGAUGGUGCUGUGCGGUUCUGGAAGAAAUCACUGUCGGGCGAAUGGCUCGAGUAUGCUGAGACCGAUGUGGCCUCCCAGUGA